AUGAGCGGACGAAGGCUGGUGGAUACGUGCCGCAAGAUUGUGUGCGUGGGCCGCAACUACAAGGCACACGCGGCAGAGCUUGGCAAUGCGGUGCCGUCCAAGCCCAUGCUGUUCUUGAAGCCCCCUUCUUCGCUCUUGCUGCCAGGCGACGGGCCCAUCGAGAUUCCGCGCGAGGUUACAGAGCUGCACCAUGAGGUGGAGUUGGGCGUCGUUAUUGGCGACACGGGACGCGAUGUGGCAGAGGCCGACGCCAUGAAGCUCGUUGACGGGUAUGUGUUGGCAUUGGACAUGACGGCGCGCAACCUUCAGCAGGAGGCAAAGGAGAAAGGACACCCGUGGUCUGUUGCAAAGGGCUAUGACACCUUCUGUCCCAUCAGCGAUGUCGUUGCGAAGGAGCGCGUGGCAGACCCGUCAAACGUCCGUCUCUGGUGCUCCGUGGAUGGCGAGAUGCGUCAGGACGGCAACACCAAGGACAUGAUCUUCUCCAUCCCAACACUCAUCAGCUACAUCAGCCGCAUCUUCACGCUGCAGCGCGGAGAUCUCGUCCUCACGGGAACUCCCAGCGGUGUCGGCCCCAUCGCCCCCGGCCAGUCAAUCACCGCUGGCUUGGAUGCCGACCCUGCUGUCACCAUCACGUUCCCGUGUGUGCAGCGGCAAUAG